UUGAUCAACUAGAAAUUAAUAUUUGAUUUUUUUUGUUUGUCUGUCUAUUUUUGGUUUCGAACGUUUGUUAAUCAUCGAUUGUAUUGAUUUUUAGCAUCCAAAAAAAACGACAAAGAAUAUUCAUUUAGUGUUUUUUGUUCGAAAUUUUUUCUCAAAGAAUACGAAAUGUCGAUGACACAAAAUUUUGAUUACGAUCAAUCAAAUAAAAAUCAGAAUAUGGCAACGGGAGCUGCAAAUACGGCCAGUGGUACAAAUGCUGAUUAUGAUUUAAAAGAUGCUCAACUAGAUGAAGCAUCAGCAUCAUCUGAUCAAUCUGGUUUUGGAUCAUCUUUGGGUGGUAUUGGUAAUCUUACACAACAGGCCAGUCAUGUGGUAAAACAAGGAGCCGAUGCUGUUGUCAAUGCCGGUAAAGGAAUCGUUGAAAUGGGUGGCUCAGUUAUUUCUAAUUUCAAACGAGGUUUUAGUAAAUCAAGCGAAGGAAAUGAUGGUGAAUGAAAUUUUCCAUUCAAUUUAUAUUUUUUCUUCAUUUUUUUUUUGAUCGUUCAUUUUGUUGCAUCUGAAAUGAAAACAAAAGACAAAAAAAAAACAUUUUAAUUACAUUU